GAGACAGCACCACAGCGCGUCUCCUUAGGCCUAACUUAAGGAGAUGUUUCUGUUGUGUCUCCUUGGAACUAACUAAUGGAAACAUUAGGCCGUGUCUCUCUGGAUUACCUAUGGAGACACUUUCUUGGGUCUCCUAGGUUGUUGAUUGUAGAGACGCCAAUCAUCAUCUCCGUAAGUCUCUAAAUUGUUUUGCAAAACUUAAACACCCAAAUGUUCCGUUCUUACUUUCUUUGUAAGUCUUUUGAAUCUUGCUUUCUUUCUUCCAACGUUAGUCUCUCAUUCUCCCUAAUUUUCGCUUCCUUACGAAUUCACGAUCUUGGGGUAGAGACAAUGACAUUGGACAAAAGUUGGAUUGAUGCUCCCAAAUUUAGCAUGGUUUACAUGAAUGGAAUAGCUUCAUUCAUUGAAUAUGCCACCAAGAAUAGCACAAACAACCAGAACAUAUAUUUUCCAUGCAAGAAGUGCUAUAAUAGAUUUCUCCUCCGCCCUAAAGUUGUACAUAAUCAUCUUCGUCUAUAUUGUUUUGUGAAGUGGUAUAAGAGAUGGAUUUUUCAUGGCAAAACUUCUGCGUCAAUUUUUUCAUCAAAUUCCCCCAAUAUGGCAAGUCAUACGAGAAGUUUGAAUGAUAUUGAUGUUGAUUUAGGAACUAGGGACUUGAUAAUGGAGGUUAUUGGAUUAAAUGUGCCAGUACAUGACAGAGAUGAAUUUAGUCACGGUGAUCAUGUUAAUGGCGGAGGUGAUGUUGUUUCCACUUUGCUUCCUUCUGAGGAUGUUGGACGAACCACUGGUGAAAUCUUAUGGAUGAUUGCAAGGGUUCGGAUGCAAAUGCUACAUCAUGUCAAAAAUAUGGGCUCUCGAGAUGGGUUACAAGUGCAGUUAAAGGAAAUGAAGAUUUAGCUAGGGAAGCAACAACAACCCAUUCGCAUUAAAAGCUUGCAAAAGUCCUCAAGUACUUUCCUUUGAUCCCGAUACUAAAAAGAUUGUUCAAGUCAUCCACAACUGUGGCUUUUAUGGCUUGGCAUGACCAUUCUCAUGUCAAAGAUGGACUUCUCCGACAUCCCAUUGAUACUAAAGCUUAGAAAGCUUUUGAUGAGAAGUUUUUGGACUUCGCUUUUGACCCUCGCAAUAUUCGUCUAGGAUUGGCAAGUGACGGUUUCAAUCCUUUUCGAACAAUGAACACCACACUUAGUACGUGGCUGGUGGUGUUGGUCCCGUACAACAUGGAACCAUGGACAUGUAUGAAGGCUUCAUUUCUCAUUUUAUCAAUGAUAAUACCAUGUAAAAAAGGUCCUGGUAACGACAUUGACAUCUACUUGCAGCCAUUAAUUGACGAAUUGAAACAACUUUGGGAUGGUGUAAGUGCAUUUACGUGCGUGUCUUAUAUGACCCUAAAUGAUUUUCUAGCAUAUGCAAACCUAUCAAGCUAGAGUACUAAGGGGUGUGUCGCAUGCCUGGUAUGUGCAGUUGAUGGUUCUUGAGUGCGAUGUGCUUUGCAUGGUGCCAUUAGAUUUAAUACUAAUAACAGAAGAACACAAAAUCACUUAACAAUAAACAAAAAUAGAACGCCUAACCUCAGUUACGAUUUAUAGCUUUCGAGUUGUUGUUCAAUUCAUUGUUCUUGCAAAAGAGAAGGAAAAAGACCAGUAAACAAAUGGACAGAUGAUGAAGAAGAAGAAGAAUACCGAAACAAAAUAGAAGCUUGGAUGAGUAGAAAUGAAGCAGAGGAGAUGGAGGAUGCAUGCGACGGAUUCCAAGGAUGAGGAUGACUUUUAGAAUGUUUA